AUGGCGCCCAAGGCCAAAGCAAAGCCAAAAACAAAGGCCGCCGCCAAGGCUAAGGCACUACUGGCACCAGACGACAAGGCUGCCGAGGCAACUGGCGGAAUGGCUCCAGUUCAGGAGGCCAAGGCUUUGGAAAUGGUGCAGGAGGUGAACCGCGAACACCUUCAGAAGCUGGAGGGUUCCAUCCAGACGAUUCUGAGCCAUCCUCUCUUCAGCAACAUCAUGCACGAGAGCCCGCUCAAGAUCGACAAGACAGCUGGUGCCAGUGAAGCCGGCAUGCGGGCACCAUGGGACCCGGCCGAGCACGAGUCAGCACUUACAACUGCGGGAACCUAUGUGUCAGCAGGAAACCUGUUCUGGUGCAACCUGAGGGUUUUGAACAGCCCAUCUGUUCCUGUCUCGGCAAAAAGCGUAGAGCUCCAGUUCAAUUACUUUGAGGCGACUGGUCCAGAGAAGCUUCGGGAGGAGGUGGUCAUUGCACUUGAGCAAGGUGUUGGGGUGGAUCAAUUCCAGCGGCAGCAGGUGCAGGGCAGGCUUCGCCGAAUCUCUCCCGAAGAACUGGACCAUUCAUUGAUUAUGUACAUCGCAGAUUUGAUCAAAGAGGGUCAUGGUGAUGCCAAACUUCAGCAAUGGAAGCAAGUGCUACUUAGUGUGUCCAUGCGCGUGGAGCUUGUGGAUAGCUAUGAGGCCAUGUUUUGGAAGGGCAUCAACUUGAGGCAACGCUACAUCAGCACCUAUGACAGUUUGACAAGGUCAACCAUCCAGUCAGUGCUAGAGCUUGUGAAGUUCCGUGAUGAGCUCUUACCUGCUGGAUCAAGGAAGGAAAUCGCUGAUCAUUGGCAAAUGAAGGUGGCAGACCUUGGAAGCGCCCUUGUCGACAAGAUGGACCUCGCCUUCGUUGACACCGCCCUCAAAGUGCACGACAGGAUGCUAUGCUACCCAGCUGUCUCCAAGGCAAUCAUGGAGAUGGACAUGGCCUUUGGAAAAGCGUCCUGUCUCAAUUACCUCAGGGUUCUUGAGCUCAUUUGCAUGAAGGGCAAGGAGGCUGAGCAGCUUUGGAUGAUCCAGUCCAUCAGGGACUACAUCUUUGUAUUGAAGGAGUACACGAACAAGGACCUCUCCACGAGAGCUCUGCAAGGUUCACCCAAUAACCGCGGGCUGCUUGAUGUUUUCCUAGCCAAACGGAAGAUGGUGCUUUGGCUUCUCGAGCACUUACAGUCUAAGAAUUGCCCAUGUGAUUGGAUCGAUACCCUCCGGAGUCUCAUUACCCAUGCAGCUUUUCGUGAAAAGGUUGGCUCAGGCUCUGGUUCUCGCAAUGCAGAUCAGCCUGACAAAUCGUGGCUGGGAACAGAACAUGAAGUUGUUCGAUUGGCUGUGGACAUCAUGAAGAAAGCGAUCUUCAGCGCCCAGCACGAUCACACCCUCAAGAACAUCUUGAAAGGAUCCUCAGCGCCUCCGGACAUCUUUGCCAAGGAGCCCUACAAUGAGAUGCUCAAGGGGGUUGAUGACGCACUUGAUGCUGUAAACCACAAGUUGAAGAGGAAGGACGAAGAAGUCCAAGAGGCGAAAGUUCAUGAUGAUGACCUAGUUGCCUUCUUGCCAGAGGGGGUGGAGCAAUGCCCUGAGGACCUUGAGCAAGCCUUUCAGGCUGAAAUUGAAGAGGCAGCAGAGCUGGUUGACCGAUUUGUGAAGUGGAUCCCUGAAUGUGAGAGCAAAGCCGAGCUUACACAGGCACUUGCAGACACAGCUGUUGCCAAGAAGCAGCCUGAGGGCACAACAGCACUCAUAGUGCUGGACACGAAGACCUGUGGAGAAUCGUCUUCACAACCGCACUUGAGGCUUCCUCAAUUUCGAGCUCCAGGUCUCAGGAACGUAGUGCAAUCAUUCUGCACAGCUCGAAACAAAGAGCAGUUUGAUGAAGAUGAGAUAUGUGCAGUUCUUGAUGGCUCCCGAAUGAUUUCAACCUCAAUUAUGACAUGCUUUGUCCGCGAUGAUGGGUGCCACUUCGAAGGGAAGACCAGGACAGAAUUCGUGAUACAUUACGAUGAAAAAAGCAUGCGAGCACGAAAGAUGGUGAGCCGUGGGCUUGUGCAGGUGCACGAAGGGUUGCACGUGUUUUGCCAGAGGCACGUACAAGACUCUACAGGGGCUCCAAUUAUUCGACAUCCAUUGGACCAGUCAUCAUGGACAGCUUUGAAAAUCUAUGGUUGGUAUCACCUGAAAAGAAAAAGGAAUAUGAGGCGGGAAAAGCGAAAGUGCUCGCUGGCGGCGGCCUUGCAGGUGAUCCGCCAAAAAAACCGGAAUUGUCCGGUGAGCCGAUGUCAUUUCACACCAUGCCUUUGA